AUGGAUCCUCGCAUUCCAAUAAACCAGCAAAAUCCGCCACCUAUAUUGAACAACCCGCAACCGAGCUAUAUGCAUCCUCAAAUGAACAAAUUUGGAGCCAAUGGACAUGCUUCCUAUAUGCAGCAGCCUAUGAGACCCCCUAAUUUUCAGACUUCCCCACGAAUGGGGCGGAAUGUUGCAACUGUUGGUCCAUUACCAGGGAAGUUGCAUCAGUUGGAGGGAGUCAGCGAGUACCCCACCGAUAGUGUGAUGCCGAUGCACAAUCAGGUUAUGGGACCCGGUAUUAACGGUCCUGGAGACUCACUUCCCGGUAGCUAUCAGCGAGGGCCGCCUAUGUAUCAGCAUCCAACAGCGUCGAUGAUGUUGCCUGGUCCCAACGUGCGUGCGUCUCACUUACCUCAACAACAGUCCGUAUACAAUCAGAUGCCUGGUCAACUGCCCGUUGAUAUGCUGCAACAGCAAAGAUUCCAAGCCCCAAUGCAGCCGUCCACGCCCUCGCGUUUUCCAGGCGUAUCGCCACCUGCUCAGCAUGCGGCAGAGGGCGGGAUAAUGGGUCCUGUGCCAACACCAGACGCAGCUGCAAUGCCACCAGUAGGUCAUCCAUCACCUUAUGACGGUGGAUUUGGUGUUAAGUCUGUACCCGGCGCUGCCGGAAUCCUAAGAACCCUACCUCUUCCAAUGCCACCACAACAACCUUUUGCUCCCCAACAGCCUCCCAUUUCUUCGCCUGUGCCCAUGCCCCAACAUCAGCAGUCCCAACCAAAUCCUGUAAUGCCUAUGCGGAGCAUGGAAGUCCCUGACUCCACUCGACAAUCAGCUCGUCAGCCACCAAUAGGGAUGCAACAACAGCAGCAAGUACCGCCAUCGCUGCCUCUCCCUGGCCAACAGCCAGUCGGCACCACUCCUCCUAUGCCUCCUUCCGGUCCUGCACCCCCUUUUAAUAUGCCUGCACAGGGUACAGUGUGCCUCAUUUGCUCUCGCGAUCUCACCGAGCCGCCUGCUCCGCCCUCCUCGAUGCCUGGAAAGCUAAUGUCCUGUAAUUACCCGCCAGUGCAGUGCGAGGCUGGAUGUCGGGGCUGGUUCCAUCUCCAUUGCUCCGGCCUCACUCCUGAAGCCUUCUAUCUUCUCAAGGCGGAGGGACCCUUGGUUGAGUGGCUUUGUACACCCUGUGCCACUCAGGCCUAUCCCAAUAUACCCUACAUUCGCUUGCGACAUUGA